AUGGCUGAUCCACGACCCCUAUCAGAGGCUGAAACGCGUUUUUUCAAUCAAGUCUGCGAGGCUAUCCAUGCGACGAACGAAGACCAAAGGACCCUGCUAAAAUCAUUUAUUCGUGAUGAUAUAGCCACGGAAUGGACCCACCUAGUGGAACUAAUGGGAUCAAAUGGCUCACUGAUUGUAUUAUCCGAAGAUGAGUUAAAAUACUUAAAUACAUCGUAUUCGGCUAGUCGUGGCCACCAACGGACCGAAAGCCACGAUGAAGCGAGCAUGCUUCUUAGUCAAAAAACUACGGAUCCAAAGUUAGUUAAGGCCGCUACUCAAGACAUAAUCCAAUACAAUGAUGUCCUCGAGAAGCUCGUAUCGAAAUAUAAAGAUUACGUUCACCGUAGCGCCGUUAACGCACAACCAUCUGCUGCGAGAAACGGCGAGGCCUCCGUGGUUGAGCAAAAGAUUGCGGCCUUAUCUCGGAGAAAAGAACAGCUUAAAGCAGAGAUUCAUAUACUAGAAGAUAAAAUUGGCAAUCAAAAUGGCCAACUCGGGCGGAGCCAGCCCAGUACAACACCAGGCAGCAACUAUGAUGAUGUCAAAUCUAUUGCCCUAAAGCAAGUCUUUGAAACAACAUUUCCAUCAUACGACCAUAUCCUCAGUAGGCUAGAUGCUCUACAAGGCGAACUUGGCCAAAACGUCAACGAUGAUACGACUCUUCAGAUAGCUCGACGCCAUGCUAGCCAGAUUAUACUUUCAAUGGCUACUAAGUGCCGCGCAUCACUAGACAUGGUCUUUCUAGAGGCUUCUUCUACUUACAAUAAACGUACACCUAAUAGCUCCAAUCAUGCUCAAGCCAUCAAUGAGGAACGCGACGCCAUAUAUGCGGAGAUACAAUCUCUAUGGGAUGAGAUGGUACCACUUGCACAUAUGGUCGUUGAGAAGGAAUUUCUUAAGCCUGUCUUGAAAAAGGUCGAUACGUCUUUUGAGCGCCAGAAUGUGCGAGAUACAAUUGUAUUCGGUUACACAUCCGCCAUGUUGCGUUUCAUGAACGAACGCCUUCGUCUUUUAGCAAACCGUAUUGAGAUGCUAAUGUACCAUCAUCGAUCUCUUCUAAUUGCAUUCACGUAUGUGAAUAGCAUUAAAGAAUCAAAGUCGACUAGAGGAUUAGGAACUAUAAACGCCCACCCACCCCAAAGCGCAGAAAACGGCAGGGCGAAGGAUCGCUCCUUACUUGAUAUGAUUCAACGCCAAAUGGAGCUUUAUGGAUCCAUCCCAAUAGAUACCGGCAAGCAAGCUAAAGCAGGACGGACGCUCACUUCCCAUGCACAAGUGAGCAAAUUUGAUCGAUAUGUCGCCUCGCGACAGAGGAAAGGUGACGAUCUUGCGAGAAGUGUGCAAAAAUCCUUCGAGGUAACCGCGAAGGCCGAAUUAACAGAUGCCGAACUUGGAUCGCAACUUCUUCUAGACUCCGUUGUCGCCGACAGUGCUGCCAGUGCUCAUCUAGGUGGUCACGUAUAUGAGGAUCAACAAGUCGAAGACUUGGUGGCCUCGAUGAAAUCACAAGCGGAAGAAAUCCAGAGGAUCUCUACAGAACUUCGGGAAGGUGCUAGUGCCCCACUCUCGGCCCCUGAUUUUGUCGCAUUUGCUUAUAGCAAGGCGGUUAAGCAACCCGCCUAUAAGGAUGGCGAGGAUAACUCUCGCGCCGAGGACCCAGAACAAUGCCCCAAGCUUACAGCCAUAGCCAGUAAAUGGGAUGACACUGCAGCUUUCACAAAUUAA